AUCCCCUUAUUCAUCUCUAUAUAUUCUUGUAAUAACUUCAUUCCAUCACCAACACCAAAAAACUUCAAAUUCCAUUUUCUAAAACCAUGGCGUUUCAACUCAAAGCCACCAUCUCCUUCCUCAUCCUCGCCCUCGCAAUCUCCUCUGCCACAUCUGCCCGAAUCCUCGACGAGGAGCCCGCACCAGCAGCCGCCGCCGCCAUCACCGCGGAGGCGGGCGAGCACCCUCUAACCUUCUUCAUGCACGACAUCCUCGGUGGCAGUCGCCCCUCUGCCAUUGCAGUAACCGGCAUCGUAGCCAACCCAGCCGUGGGCGGCCAGGUCCCCUUCGCAAAACCCAACGGCGCUGUCCUCCCCGUCAACAACGGCGUCCCCACGAACAACGCCAAUGGCGGCAUCGUCAACAACAACAACGUCCCCUUCCUCACCGGCCUCAGCGGCUUCACCUCCAACAUCGGCAACAACAACAACAACAACAAUAACAACGGAAUCAUCGGAGGCAUGCCCGGGUUCCCGGUCCUGAACAGCGCGCAGUUCCCGUCGGGCAGCACACUGCAGAAGCUGAUGUUCGGCACGAUGACUGUGUUUGACGACGAGGUGACAGAGGGGCACGAGCUCGGGUCGGGCUUGGUCGGGAAGGCGCAGGGCUUCUACAUAUACAGCAGCGAGGACGGGAACAGCCAGACGAUGGCCUUCACCGUCAUGUUCGCCGGCGGGGGAUACGCCGACAGCAUAAGCUUCUUCGGGGUGCACCGGACGGCGGUGGCGGAGUCGCAUCUCGCGAUCAUGGGAGGCACCGGGAAGCAUGUAAACGCGAAGGGGUUCGCGAAGGUGAAGACGUUUCCCGGCGGGCAGCACGAGACCGAUGGGAUGGAGACGCUGCUUCAGAUCACUGUUUAUCUUGCUUACUAGUUUCUCUUUUUGUGGAAUUAUGUUUUCAUGUUUUUCUGCAUUUGAUUGUUGUUACUACUCCUUGUUUUUAAUGGUUUUUGUACAAAAGGUUAUGAAA